AUGUCUGCUACAACUGUAACAAAGGCAAACAUUGGUGUAUACACCAACCCUAAACACGAUUUGUGGAUUGCUGAGACCACUCCUACAUUAGAGGAUGUCCAAACUGGCAAGGGAUUGAAGUCUGGUGAGGUCACUAUAGAGGUUCGCAGCACUGGUAUUUGCGGAUCAGAUGUCCACUUUUGGCACGCCGGCUGCAUUGGUCCUAUGAUUGUCACUGGUGAUCAUGUCCUUGGUCACGAAUCUGCUGGCCAGGUUGUUGCUGUCGCACCCGACGUUACCAGCUUCAAGAUUGGUGACCGGGUUGCAGUUGAGCCCAACGUAAUCUGCAACGCAUGCGAGCCGUGUCUGACUGGUCGUUACAAUGGUUGCGAGAAUGUGGCUUUCCUGUCUACUCCCCCUGUCGAUGGUCUACUGCGGCGAUAUGUCAAUCAUCCUGCCGUUUGGUGUCAUAAGAUCGGCAACAUGAGCUACGAGGAUGGAGCUCUCCUAGAGCCUCUCAGUGUGACUCUGGCUGCAAUCGAGCGUAGCGGGCUACGCCUGGGCGACCCCUUGCUCAUCACCGGUGCCGGUCCCAUUGGAUUAAUUAGUUUGCUUAGUGCGCAGGCUGCCGGUGCUUGUCCUAUCGUCAUUACUGAUAUUGAUGAGGGCCGUUUGGCAUUUGCCAAGUCACUGGUCCCGGAUGUGCGUACCUAUCUCGUUCAAAUCGGUCUUUCGGCGGAGGAGUCUGCUGCCGGUAUUAUCAACGCCCUGAAUGAUGGUAAGGGCUCUGGAACCGAUGCUCUUCGUCCUAAGCUGGCUUUGGAAUGCACCGGUGUCGAGAGCAGUGUCAACUCUGCUAUCUGGAGCGUGAAAUUUGGUGGAAAGGUCUUUGUUAUCGGCGUUGGCAAGAACGAGAUGACUAUUCCUUUCAUGCGUCUUAGUACCCAAGAGAUCGACUUGCAAUACCAGUACCGUUACUGCAACACUUGGCCUCGCGCAAUUCGCCUUGUCCAGAACAAGGUCAUUGACUUGCGCAAGCUGGUUACUCACCGUUUCCCAUUGGAGGAUGCACUCAAGGCUUUCGAGACCGCUGCCAACCCGAAGACCGGUGCCAUCAAGGUCCAGAUUAUGAGCUCUGAAGAGGAUGUCAAGGCUGCUUCUGCAGGUCAGGAUAUCUAG